CGUUGUUUCCUUCCGGAACGAAAUGCCUGAUGGUCAAACCUGUGAAGUGAAAAACAAAGAUACGCUAUCGCUGAAAUCACAAUUUGGUGCUAUGUUAUCCUAAAACCUUUAUUUUAAGUACUCUAGCCUCGCUCGACAGCCGUGUUUUUAUGAUUUAUUUUAAUGUCUGCUUUUGUUUGACCGACAGUAACGCCAUGUCGUCUUAACUUUUUUUCAUGUGCGCAACAAAGUCUGGAAACGUUUUAAAUCUGAGGGGUGAUCCGCUUUAAUUAUAACUUUUUGUCAAGUGGGUCAAAGACCAUGAGUAAAGAGAACAAAAUGAGAGCAACAGUAAACCAGAAGCUGACAGAGAUGGGGGAACGAGAGAGACUAAAAGAGUUAUUGAGGGCUAAACUGACUGAGUGUGGCUGGAAGGAUCAGAUGAAAGCUCACUGCAAAGAGGUGAUCAAAGAAAAGGGCUUGGAGCACGUCACUGUGGAGGACCUGGUGGUUGAGAUUACUCCCAAAGGAAGAGCCUUGGUGCCAGACAGCGUCAAGAAGGAGCUUCUUCACAGAAUAAGAGCCUUCUUAGCUCAGCAUGCUUCAUAAUUAAUGUUUUUAUUCUUUAGUGUUUAAUUGCAUGGCUUGCCUGAAAGAUCAUUUAUAGACUAUUUUUCAGAUAAUGUUCCUGAAAUCCAAAUAUUUGUUCAUUAUAUUAAAUUGUUAGUGACAUAGGGACAUAAAUGUGCCUGAUAAGUUGGAGUUUUACCUUACUAUUUACUGCAACAGUCAUGAUUUGUAAAUGCGGUUAACUUGCACAUUUAAUCAUCCUUUUUAUAAGAAAUAUACAGUUUGAAUAAAAUGUUUGGUUUAUCAGUUA